AAUGACAGCUGACAGGACAGCAAAAGGAAGGAAAUCAAAGGAAUUUGAAAUCUUUAUCAGAGGAAUUUACCCUGUCCGGUGGAAUUUGAUGAAUAUUCGACGAAAUACACUAAUUUCUUGAAAAUGCAUUAGCACAAAGGAUUUAUUCACAUAUUUACUUAGUUGAUUAAAGUCCUAUCGGUGCAUGUAAACAAAGAUCCAAGUUAAGAUGAAAUUAGUUUUAAGUGUUUUUAUCACACUAUUAUUGUGUGAAAGAUUUUCGCCUAUAACAUGUAGCAUUGGUGACACUUCCCAGGUGUAUAGGAGUUGCUUAAAUAAAUUUGAAAAAGAAAAUUGUACCAACAAUGGUCAAUCAUUUAAGAGUAAAUCAGGGCUGCAGCAGGACUUCUGGAGCAGGUUGAUGCAAUGGACCUGCCGGGAUGAGUGCCGCUACCAGUGUAUGUGGAUCACUGUCACAAUGUUCCACAACGCUGGUCAAGAUACACCCAAGUUUCAUGGCAAGUGGCCUUUUGUAAGAAUCCUGGGCAUGCAAGAACCAGCGUCAGUAUUCGCGUCAGUGCUGAACUUUGCAGCCAACGCAUACAUGUAUAAGAAGAUACGACGGCUCCCUACUUCGAAGUCUUACGUCGCGCCUUUUACAAAAUUGUGGCGUGGUUUUGCUAUGGUUUGCAUGAACGCGUGGACAUGGUCCACAAUAUUCCACGCGCGGGACACUCCGUUCACUGAGUUUAUGGACUAUGCGUGUGCGCUGUCCAUGGUCAUGGGCCUAUUUGUCACGGCUGUUGUCAGAGUAUUCUACUCGCGGUCGAAGCUGAUGACGUUCACGGUACUGCUGGUGCCGCUGUUCUACUUCGUGACGCAUGUGCGCUAUCUAUAUGCCGGGGUCAUCAAUUAUGACUACAAUAUGAAAGUCAACGUCGUCUUUGGCGUGUCCGGCUCGCUGCUGUGGCUGGCGGUGUCGUGGCGGCAGUGGGUGUCGGGGCGGCGCUACGCGUGGCGCAUGGUCGCCUUCACGUUGCUGUCGGGCGCGGCGCUCGCGCUCGAGCUCUUCGACUUCCCGCCGAAGCUCAGCGCCUGGGACGCACAUGCUCUCUGGCAUCUCAGCACUGCGCCUCUGCCUCUCAUAUUUUAUAGGUACGUAAUAGAUGAUUUACGCUACCUAGCAUCCAAUGAUUUGGAGAAGUUCCCAUUGAAACUGACAUGAGUCGAAGGAAAUAUACAUGCUUAUUUAUUUUCGAGGUGACAUCGCGCAGACUGUUCCAUGGAUGUAAGCACAAUCACAGAACUGAGCCGUGAAACGCAGAACAAGCUUUUAUAUUCUAAUAAAUUAAUACAAAUAAUUUAAAAUUUUUGUGUAUCAA